AUGUCGGAUCUCACAUCAAGCACGCCAGAUUGGUUGGUGCAAGGCGACAAUGCCUGGCAGCUCACUGCUGCGACGCUCGUCGCUCUCCAAUCCAUUCCCGGGCUGGCUCUCAUCUAUGCUGGGCUUGUCAAGAAGAAGUGGGCCAUCAACAGCAUGUUCAUGGUCUUCUACGCCUUCGCCAUGGUAUUGAUUUGCUGGGUCAUAUACGCGUACAAGGUCGGAUUUGGAGAGUAUAUGCUGCCGUUUGCAGGUCGGCCAGGCCCAGUAUUGACCAUGAAGUACGAACUGGAACAGAGCAACCUCCCCAGCGCAGGCGUCAUGCAGAACUACCCAAAAUCGACCAUGAUCUACUUCCAGUUCGUAUUCGCGGCCAUCACACUGGUCCUCAUAGCCGGUGCUUUCCUGGCCAGGAUGGAUCUCCGAGCCUGGAUGCUUUUUGUGCCGCUAUGGUUGACCUUCAGCUACUGCAUCGGCGCCUAUUCGAUCUGGGGAGGAGGCUUCCUCUUCAAGUUGGGCGUCAUCGACUACUCUGGCGGAUAUGUCAUUCAUUUAUCCUCAGGAACAGCCGGAUUCGCUGGGGCGUAUUUCGUCGGUCCUCGUUUGAAACAGGACCGCGUCAACUUCCAGCCGAACAAUGUCGCUCUUGUGAUGGCCGGCGCAGGGAUCCUCUGGGUGGGAUGGAAUGGUUUCAACGGUGGUGAUCCUUACGCCGCCUCUCCAGACGCAGGAGCCGCCGUCUUGAAUACCAACGUUUGCACAGCGAUGAGCAUGCUCACGUGGACUCUCAUGGACGUCAUCUUCUACCGCAAGCCCUCAAUUCUUGGCGCUGUGAACGGAAUCAUCACAGGACUCGUCGCCAUAACUCCAGCAGCAGGUGUUGUGACAGGCUGGGGAGCCAUCAUCUUUGGGGCAUGCUCGGGUUCGAUCCCGUGGCUGUCGAUGAACCUGAUGGGCAAGAAGUGGAGACUGUUCACUCACUAUAUCGAUGACGCGCUGGGUAUCACACACACGCACAUGGUCGCUGGGUUUCUGGGCGGUUUCUUAGUCGGCAUUUUUGCGGAUUCAGAGGGAUGCGCUGCCUUUGGUCUCACGAACCGAGGCGGCGCAAAGGACGGGAAUGGCAGACAGGUGUGGGUGCAAAUUGUUGGAGGCCUUUUCGUCAUCGGCUGGAAUCUCUUCUGGACGCCCGCUAUCCUGCUAUUCAUCAAAUACGUCUGUCGCAUCCCUCUGCGCAUGACGGAAGAGCAGCUUCUCAUUGGAGAUGAUGCCAUCCACGGAGAAGAGGCAUAUUGUUUCAACGAUGAUGUGGUCGGCCUGGAGCCAUCGAUCACCGCGCGAGAGCGGGCGGCGGAAAAGAUGCACCAGAUUCACAAGGGCCAUGAUUACGAUCCAGAGCCGGCCAUCCUCGAAGGGAGAGAUAUCGAAGCUCAGGCCAGUAGCGAAGAAGGCCGGGUCGGUGGUGUUCGACCGGACGAGAGCGGCCUGAAGAAGGAUUAG